UUUCCCCACUUCCUUCUGAGGGAUCUGCGUGGAUUGGCCGGUCCUGCGUCCACGCACCGCACGCUGUCAGAUCUGCGGGGUUCUGGGAGCGCAGAGUUCUUCCACAGCAGAGAUCCCGUCACGCAGCCAUGCAGCUUUUGAUUUGUUGAGGCAGAGAAAGGAGGCGUCGUUGUUAGACGGAUGAAAAUGAGGACAAGAGACGACGUCAAACUGAUCAACCAGGGCUUGGAGGAUGAGAUGGAGGUCCGUGGGUACCGACCCUGUCUGUGGAAGAUGCUCCUGGUUGGCGUGGGCGCUGUUUGCUCUGGUGGUCUCCUCCUGCUGCUGCUCUACUGGCUUCCAGAGUGGGGCGUCAAGGGAACGUGCACUCGCACGUCUGUGAGGGACGCGCACACCCUGCUCCUCAGAACCAAGGAUGAGUUCAGGCAGUGGUUUCGAGUCAGAGUCCACAGAAUGUUGGCUCCUGGGAGGAAACCCUUUGGCGAUCUGGAUGUGAAACCCCAAACUCCAAACGGAGACUUCGUCCAUCAGAUCUGCUCUGUUUCUGAGGAACAUCCUCCUGAUGGACAACAGCUUCAGAUCCGAUACUUCACACACCACAGCUUCAGAUACUACUGGAAUGAUGUUAUCCAGAACUUUGAAUUAUAUCAAGGCCUGGAGGAUGUGAAGGUGAGCUGUGCCCACAUCCACUCUGAACACAGCUGUGGUCUCACCAAAACACUGCAGGAUUACAGGAGGUUGUUUUUUGGGGAGAAUGAGAUCGCUGUGAGAGUCCCGGCUCUGUUCAAGCUUCUCAUAAAGGAGGUUCUGAAUCCCUUUUACAUCUUCCAACUGUUCAGUGUUGUUCUUUGGACUGCUGAGGACUACUACUACUACGCUACAGCCAUAGUUUUAAUGUCGGUCAUAUCAAUAGCUACCUCUCUGUAUACCAUAAGAAAGCAAUAUGUGAUGCUCCAUGCCAUGGUUUCCGCCCACAGCGUGGUCCGUGUGUCUGUCUGCAGAGGAAAUAAAGAUAUUGAACAGGCCAUGUCGACGGAGCUUGUCCCCGGUGAUGUCAUCUCCAUCCCAGCCAAUGGAAUGGUGAUGCCCUGCGACGCCGUGCUCUUCCAAGGAACCUGCGUUGUGAACGAGAGCAUGCUGACAGGCGAAAGCGUCCCAGUGACCAAAACCAGUCUGCCCAGUUCAGGUGACGAGGCAGCUAGGAGAUACAACAUGGAGGAACACAAGAGACACACACUUUUUUGUGGUACCCAUGUGAUCCAGACCCGCUUCUACGCCGGGCAGUUGGUGAAGGCUGUUGUAAUCCGAACAGGGUUCAGCACUGAGAAGGGCCAGCUGGUGCGAUCUAUCCUCUACCCUAAACCCACAGACUUUAAGCUGUACCGGGAUGCAUACCUGUUCCUGCUGUGUCUGGUUGGUGUGGCAGGGAUCGGCUUCAUCUACACCAUCGUCCUCAGCAUCAUGAACAAGGUUUCAGCUAGAACGAUCAUCAUUGAGUCUCUGGACAUCAUCACCAUCACCGUUCCGCCGGCCUUACCGGCAGCCAUGACAGCCGGCAUUGUGUACGCGCAGCGGCGUCUGAAGCGGGUCGGGAUCUUUUGCAUCAGUCCUCAGAGGAUCAACAUGUGUGGCCAGCUUAACCUGGUUUGCUUUGACAAGACUGGUACCCUCACUGAGGACGGCCUCGACCUUUGGGGAAUCCAGAGAGCCGAUAAUGGCAGCUUUGUUUCAGCGGAGUCGGGCAUGGCGGAGGAGCGUCUGAUGGACACGGCGUUUGUUGCCUGCAUGGCAACGUGUCACUCACUGACCAAAAUAGAAGGAGAGCUCUCUGGAGACCCUUUAGAUCUCAAGAUGUUUGCUGCUACAGGCUGGAUAUUAGAAGAGUCUACAGAGGAAGAAACGGCUCUCCACGACCCGCUGAUACCCACGGUUGUUCGGCCUCCAAAGCAAACCAUCUCUGAAAGAAACCAGAACCGUUUAGAAGUCCAGAACACGCUCCAGUCUGGUGAGAUCGGUAUAGUGCGACAGUUCCCCUUCUCCUCGGCGCUGCAAAGGAUGAGCGUGGUGGUCCGGAGGUUGGGAGAAAAACACAUGGAAGCCUUCCUGAAGGGGGCGCCAGAGGUCGUGGCCAGCCUUUGCAAACCACACUCAGUGCCUCAGACUUUCACAGAAACCCUGGAGAAGUACACCAGGCAGGGCUUCAGGGUGAUUGCUUUGGCACAUCGACAGCUGGAGUCCAAACUCUCCUGGCACAAAGUCCAGACCCUCAGCAGGAACCUGAUAGAGGACAACAUGGAUUUCCUGGGUUUGAUCAUCAUGCAGAACAAAAUCAAACAGGAGACGGCUGGCGUUCUGGCAGAGCUACACAGGGCUAGCAUCCGCACUCUGAUGGUCACAGGAGACAACAUGCUUACGGCCAUUUCUGUGGCCCGAGACUGCGGAAUGGUCCGUCCGCAGGAGACCGUCAUCAUCGCCGACGCUGAGCCUCCAAAAGACUCCCACCGUGCCACCAUUACGUGGCAUUAUGUGGACAGCCCUGCUCAGAGAGGCGGGGCCGAUCAGGCGAAGAUAAGCGUGGAGGAGGAGACGUAUCAGUUUGCUGUCAACGGUCGAGCCUUUGCUGUUAUCACAGAGCACUUUCCUCAGCUGAUGCAGAAGCUCGCUCUAAGAGCCACCGUGUUUGCUCGCAUGGCUCCUGACCAGAAGACCCAGCUGGUGGAAAUCCUGCAGGGCAUUGACUACACUGUAGGGAUGUGUGGAGACGGUGCCAACGACUGUGGGGCGCUGAAGCGAGCUCACAGUGGGAUCUCUCUGUCGGAGCUGGAGGCGUCGGUUGCUUCACCCUUCACUUCGUCCACCUCCAACAUUUCCUGUGUUCCCAGCCUCAUCAGGGAGGGACGAGCGGCUCUCAUCACGUCGUUCUGCGUAUUUAAAUUCAUGGCUCUCUACAGCAUCAUCCAGUACAUCAGUGUCAUCCUGCUCUACUGGAUCCUCAGCAACUUGGGGGACUUCCAGUUCCUCUUCAUCGACCUCGUCAUCAUUCUCAUCAUUGCCUUCACAAUGAGUCUGAACCCGGCGUGGAAGGAACUGGUGAGGCAACGUCCUCCAUCCAGUCUCAUCUCAGGACCUCUGCUCUGCUCAGUUCUCACCCAGAUCCUCACAUGCCUGGGCUUCCAGGUCUUGGUUUUCAACUUGGUACAACAACAGAGCUGGUAUGAGACGUGGACGCCUCAGUCAGAUGCCUGUAACGCCUCCAGAUCCAUCUUCUCCCACAGCUCCAACAGAACGACCUCUCACGACCACAAAAACAUCAGGAACUAUGAGAACACCUCCCUCUUCUACGUGUCGUCCUUCCAAUAUUUAGCUGUGGCCAUCGUCUUCUCUAAGGGAAAGCCCUUCAGGCAGCCCAGUUAUAAGAACUGGCCGUUUAUGCUGUCUUGCAUCGCUCUCUAUUCUUUUCUCCUCCUCAUCAUGCUGUACCCCAUCCCUGCUAUCGAUAACUUCCUGGAGGUGGUGUGUGUUCCACAUGACUGGCGCACUACUCUGGUCGUCAUCAUCGCGGCGAACGCAAUGGUGUCUCUCGUCUUGGAGAUUUUGAUCGUUGACGUCGUCUUAUGGAGGCUUGUUUUCAGAGGAAGUCAAGGGCCGAAUGGCCCCGGAGAAUCCUCCUCUGGGGACACACCACAGGUGGCUAACUACCGCUGGGGGGCGCUGUUCCUGUCCCGGCUCUUCUGUCGGAGGAACAAGCCCCCGAAGGUGCUGUACAGGCAGCUCGCUCUGGAGCUGCAGGAGGACGCCGCCUGGCCCCCCAAACCCUCCGCCGUCACCUACGCCGCCGAUCCACAGAACCACAUCUCUGCCGCUCUUUGAGACAAACGGCCUGAAGAGACUAAACCCCUGUUCUGUUGGUGGAUCCUCUCAGUUAGCUGCUCAAUUAAAGGCAAAUACACUUUGAUCCGGUUUUUAGAUGGCAGAGUUAGGAGCCAUGUGGAGAGAAACACUGGAGGGAACAAACAUUAGGAUUCAUACUUGAACUGAAGAAUGGAGAUUUCAUCUGUAGAAACAUCUAAAUAAGGACAUCUGACAAAGAUAGUCUGAGUAAAGGCAAAAUGCAUUAUAGUAAGAAUGUGAAUGAAUGAAUGAAUGAAUGAAUGAAUGAAUGAAUCUGUUGCUGUACCUCCAGUUCUUUGGUCCUUCCUUUGGAGGCCCCCACUGAGGCUUUUCCAUAGCUGUGAGGACGUUUGGUCCAAUCUUCUGUUCUGAGUCAUUAAGUUCAGCCAUAUACUAAAACUAAUUAGUAAAAAAUGUCAACUUUAUUUUUUUUAAUUUUAUAUUUCUUAUUUUUUUAUUUUAAUUUUGAGAUUUUUCAGAUUAAGUUUUAAAAUUUUCAAAUUGCUUGUUGCAGAUUACAUUCUCAUCACCUUGAGUCCAAAACUACGGAAGCCCAGAGCGGUCGUAUCCCUCUGAUACUUCUUAACGGUGGUUUUCUCAAAAAACAAGUUAAUUUUCUCAUUAUUUAAAGAUAACGAAAGCCGUUUUCUUGUCAUUUCCAGAUGAUCGGUGUGAGUUAUAACUGAUUCCAUCCUUCAAUACAACAACAGCGGGAAAGGAUUUAUACAUAUAAGUCACGGCAGCCUGUCUGUGAUUCAGUAAAUAAUCCUGUGUUUAACUUUUAGGUAACGAGAUGUUGUUGGUUUGCUGGUUUGCUUCCACUUCUGAUUCCUAAGCAAUUAGACCUUUGCCUCCAGGUGUUCUCAGAACAGCUAUGGUGUUACGCCUGGAACAGCUAUAAGAUGCAUUAACCCCCAAAAUGAGUCCAGAUUAAAGAUUUUCAU